GUGCUUGUCUCUUGCCCAUGUACCCGGGUUAGUACCCCGCCAUUUGCCGAUUUCUCCAACUUUCAUUCCUACCGACUUAAAAAAAAAAUUCGUGCAGGUGUUUUACAAGUCUGCAGUAACAAUAAUAUGGACAAGAUAAUUAUCUGGAACCAUCGGCAAAGUUAUAGUUACUCGGGUCAAAUAGGUAAACACGCUACAUUUCGCGUACUAAGUUAUGUAGAUCCUGAGAUCCUGAUGCACAAGCGACGAUAACGAUGGGUAAACUCAAGGCCGACAGGCUAUAAUCCUGGUCGGGAUAUUGAUAGGUGCAGUAGGUUACAGGACAAUUACAGGACAAUUACAGGACAUUGCAAGGGUUGGGAGUUGGGGGAGGCUGAGGAAAAUAACGGAAUAGAACCAAAGUCAAUUGCAUAUGACACCACACACCACCAACUUUCACCUUCUAGAUGCCGAUCCACCUAGGUUAGACUUGCAGGCUUCUUGGAACAAACCUCUAACCUACCUCGUUCAAGAUCUCUUACGGCUUGCUUUACGCGCUACGCAACGCAACGCAACGCCACAACAUCCUUGCUAGGGUACCGAGACAAGAAACAAAGAAAAGUCCUGUUCAGCUCUUCUUCCCGAUGAUGCAGGGUGGCCCGCUCCGGUUUGAAUUCGUGCCUUCAAUGCCUAAUCAAUGACAACGAAACUGCUGGCCAGUGGAAUGUCUCGCUCAAACUUCGCCAUCUCCACAUCUUCCUUCUCUCCUAUAUAUCCUCGGGCCCGUGCCAUGACUAGUAGACCGAAAAGUUACCUUAAGUCUACUUCCAUUGCCGGUGUUUUGUCCACUACCCCAGUUAAUCAAAUUAGAUAUCGAUAUUCCCCGUUUGUCUUCGGCUGCUAUUGUUCCUUCAGCUGCUAUAAUUGUGUCGUACUCCGAAAUUCGUCCAGUUUAAGAACCAUGAACGACCCAGUUGUCAGAACCGCUUCUCCCUACAUCGAUCCCGCAGUAAAGGGUCCAAAGUCUCAGCAACUCACCAAUGGUCAUUCCCAUUCUCUUCUUCAGCAUAACAAGAUGAUUUCCAACAACAAAGUCAACAAGACAGCCCUUCACCCUGGUGGUGUUGAACCCCACCAGGAAAGGGAGCACACGGAGCUAGAGGAGGAGCUGCACGAGAAGGCACACAUCGACUACGAUAGAGUUGCCAUUAUUCCUAACCCUUCAGUUGCUGCCUUGUACGAAGAUGCUCUUGUUUAUGAGAUGGGCUCGGCUAUCGCAUCGAGCGGUGCGUUGACGGCCUACUCUGGUGCAAAGACCGGCCGGUCACCUUCAGACAAGAGGAUUGUAAAAGAACCGUCGUCAGAAAACGAUAUCUGGUGGGGACCCGUUAAUAAACCAAUGGCUCCUGAGGUAUGGAAAAUCAACCGCGAACGUGCUGUCGACUACCUGAAUACCCGGACGAGAAUUUAUGUCAUCGACGGUUAUGCGGGUUGGGAUGAGAAGUACCGAAUCCGAGUUCGAGUUAUCUGUGCCCGUGCCUACCAUGCUUUGUUCAUGCGCAACAUGCUUAUCCGCCCUUCGCGAGAGGAGCUGGAGCAUUUCCACCCCGACUACACCAUCUAUAAUGCCGGAACUUUCCCGGCUAACAGAUAUACCGAAGGGAUGACCUCGGGAACUUCGGUCGCCAUUAACUUUGCCGAGAAGGAGAUGGUCAUCCUCGGUACUGAGUAUGCAGGCGAGAUGAAGAAGGGCAUCUUCACCGUAUUAUUCUAUGAAAUGCCUAUUAAACACAAUGUACUUACUCUUCAUUCCUCUGCAAACGAAGGCAAGAAUGGCGAUGUCACGCUUUUCUUCGGCCUUUCCGGAACUGGCAAGACAACUCUAUCUGCCGAUCCUAACCGAGCUUUAAUCGGCGACGACGAGCACUGCUGGAGCGAGCGCGGCGUCUUCAACAUCGAGGGCGGUUGCUAUGCAAAGUGCAUCGGCCUCUCGGCAGAGAAGGAGCCAGAUAUUUUCGGCGCUAUCCGCUUCGGCUCUGUUCUCGAGAAUGUUGUCUUUGACCAAGAGACCAGAGAGGUCGACUAUGACGACGCUACCCUUACCGAAAAUACGAGAUGUGCCUAUCCCAUUGAGUAUAUCAACAACGCCAAGAUCCCGUGUCUGUCGGAAAACCAUCCCAGCAACAUUGUCCUAUUAACCUGCGACGCGCGUGGCGUAUUACCACCGAUAUCAAAGCUCAACAGCGCACAGACAAUGUUCCAUUUCAUUUCCGGUUAUACCUCCAAGAUGGCUGGUACUGAGGAUGGUAUAACAGAACCUCAAGCCACUUUCUCAUCGUGCUUUGCUCAGCCUUUCCUCGCUCUGCACCCUAUGAGGUACGCGAAGAUGCUAGCGGACAAGAUAGAAAAACACUCAGCGAAUGCUUGGCUUCUGAAUACCGGUUGGGUCGGUGCCGGCUAUAUCCACGGCGGCAAGCGCUGCCCGCUCAAGUACACUCGCGCAAUCUUAGAUGCCAUUCACUCAGGUGAAUUAGCAAAGGCCGAGUAUGAGACGUAUGAAGUUUUUAACCUCCAGGUUCCCAAGACAUGCCCCGGAGUGCCUUCAGAGCUGCUCAACCCCAGGACUGCCUGGACUGCAGGGACAGACAGUUUUAGCGAAGAAGUCAAGAAGCUUGGUGGACUAUUCGUCGAGAACUUCAAGAAGUACGAUUCAGAAGCUACAGACGACGUCAAGGCGGCUGGACCGGCCGUUUAAAAAAAAAUACAAGACGCUCCACGGCAUCUUUUCUUAUUUAUGAUGUCUUCUUUUUCAUCAGUUUGGAGUUGAGCAUCUGGCAUGAUUUUAGGGAAUGACGCAUCCGCGGAAUGAUAACCACGGUCGGUCUGCGCAAAUACACCGGAUGCGAAACCAGACGAAUAAGAGCUGGCUGUAUAAAUCGAACACGAGGAUACCGAGUAAUUAUACACGGCGUAAGAAUGCUUUGGUGAAGCACUAUCCAUUGUCGGGGUGCAAUCGAAAUUAGAUAGUCUUUUCCUUAUGAAACAAAAGUUAGGAUAUAAUAAUCCAAAGAAAUUCGUUUCA